AUGGAUGACGAACUCGAAUCCAUCAAAAAUGGGCUUGCUGAUUGCAGAUUUCAACUGAAUUCGAUUAUAUCUUCACCGACACCUAGUUCAGGUAAGUCCACAAACCAUGCUAGCUUUGAUCCCCUAUGGACGCCUCGUCAGAAGAGCCUGUGGCAAUUCUACGAAGCUGCUGGAGUGAUCGGCAUCAUGAUCUUCCUGAAAACCAUCGCUCUGGAUCGUGGGAGCGCUGAAAGUUCAGCUGUCGCGCCGACAAAAAAGCGAAAGGCCAAUGUUGCCAAUAGUGGUGACGAUGCAGCCCUCGACAAUUCUCAUCCAAGCUGGAAAAGGCUUGUGAAAGACAUUGGUCUUGGUGCGCAAUCUAGAACCCUGUUUUAUCUCUCCUCUGUGUGUCCUAAGGUGCUGCCGUGCUUCAUCCGUGGUGACUUACCUAGACGAAUGCAGGAGCCCGGCUUCCGUGAGAGGGUCGAGAAAUAUACCAAGACUCCUAAAGUCCAGGGAGUCUAUGCGGCGUAUGUCUCGCGUGUGAACCCAAUGCUCAGCACCCAAGCUAACCCAUCGACUAUCACUCAUGUGGGCAAGGGCCUCACUUUCAAUCAGAUGAUCAGGGUCCUUGAGACUAUGCGUAAGUACUGUGAUUUUGAUGAUCCUGAAUCGCUUGAGAUCGCUACCGCUAUCGAUGAAUCGUGGCCCGACGCUGCCAAACUGCGACUUGAUCAUGCUUGUGAAAGGCGCUUUGGCGAUACAACCGCGGCGGCACGAAAUUCGCUCGAGAAGACCAUUGAAUGGCUCGACAAGCUCCAAUUUCAUCUGAAGCAGUUGAGAGACCAGCUCAAAGGUUCCCCUGACGAACAUCGACGCUUUGAAGAGCAUCUGCUCCGAUGUUUGGUCUAUGUUGGCCUCGGUAGGAACACAGCCAAACGAGGAGGCGAUCACCGCUUCCAGAUGGCCAACGAAAGCCCGAUUUUUGGCCUGUAUCUGGCAACUGUUCAGUACUGCUUCGGAGACUAUGUGUAUGAUAUCGAAGAUUCGACAUAUCAAGUCUUCAGAACAGUGCGGGUUGAGAAUAUCGGCCUUGACGAAAUCGUUGCUUCGCUGUUACUCAGUAGUUACGCCUGGGAUGGGGGACUUAACUGUACCCAUGCAGGGAGUAGCCUGGGCAACAACGUCGACAGAUCGGAUCUCCUGUAUGUCCAGCGCAUGGAAGACAGCGCGCGGAGCAUCCGCAUGUCGCAAUUCCAGCCGGAGAAUCUCAUGGAUGCGUAA